ACGAUAAAAUCAAACAGUCAUCGAUCUUAGAGAAAUGACGCUAUCAUUGUUGACCACGUCAUGCACCACCUGUUUUAGUAACUGCAACAGCCAGUCGUGAUUAUUGGUUAUGUAAUUGUGCGUCCGUCCAAUUUCGUGGGCUAUAUGCCAUAUCAAAGGAGAUAAGGGAAUUAUUGCAACGCUGGCGCAGAAGCAGACACGAUAGGCAUUUGGUUGAAUGCAGUAACACGACAAUGGCGGAGGGACCGGAAUUGAGUUUUCUCGAUUUGCGUAUCGUGCACGAUUAUUUCGACCAAGCCCUUGCUGAAAAUGACGAUGUCGUUCUGAGAGCGUAUCUAGACGCUUACAACGAACUCUAUAAAUUUUUUCAGCUAAUGGGCAGUGUCUUUAGUUUCGUUUCUUCUGAUCUGAAGCAGAAAAUAGACAUCUUGGAUAAUUUAUUAAAUACAGACAAUCAGCAGUACACCACUGUCAAGUCUAUGAUUGAAUAUGAGAAGGAAAAUAAAUUGUUGGAAAAAACUGAUUUUGUUAAUGGUACACGUACUUUAUUACGACUAAAUAGAGGUUUAGAUUUUAUUAGAGAAUUUUUGCGACAUAUGGAAGAUCUCUCAGAUGAUGACAAAACGGGCAAUUGUUGCCGGAAUGCGUAUAACGACACAUUGGGAAGAUAUCAUCCAUGGGUGAUCAGGAAAGCGGCGGUUGUUGCCAUGUACACUUUGCCUACUAAGGAGGCUUUAUUUAAAAAGGUCUGUGGUGAAAAUGUUCAACGAAACCUAGACGUUCUGCAAAAAAUGUUGGACGUGACUGCCGUCGUGUUUUAUCGCAUUGACAGCAUUUACAAAACUUACGAGAUGCAUUUUUUACCAUAAGUGAUCGUAGAAAAGAUAAAAAAGAUACGUUUAUUCGAUAUUUUUAGUUUCUCGAAGCACCGCACGCGACAUUUCAUUUACUAUCAAGAUAUUGUGAUAUUAUUGCGUAUUGUGGUAUAUAUAUAUAUAUAUAUAUAUAUAUUAUAUUUUGCAAUUAAUAUUAGAUUUAUCAAUAGAAUAUAAAUAAGCACACUCAUUUUCGGGAGGGAUAUACGUAUUCCAUAUUGCGCGCGAUCGAUACUUACACAAUUAUCAUAUAUAUAUAUAUAUAUAUAUA